AUCACGCCCAUUUCUUCCCCUCUGAUUGUUUUGGAAAUAAAAGACACUUCAUUGACCGCGCAGACGCUUUAUACAAAUCCAUUCGGUCGUUUGCAGCUCUGAACGUAACGGAUUCAGGACCCGGCUGGACAUUUUGUAGUGGCACGUGAGGAAUCUGUGCGAGUCUGAGGUAAAACCCGAACGUUUCCGAAUUCCGCCGAAGACUCCCGAACCGUCUGUACUAGCGGACGUCUCGAGGCGGCCGCUUAAACGCCAUGUUGAGAGAACUCUCCGGUGUAAACGGGGUAUUACUUUCAGCAUGACGCGUAGAACUGAAUAAAAGCAGCUGGGGGAGAGAUCAGAUUGAAGAACAGGAUUUUAUCAGUGAAGAGGAGGAGAGCUGCGUGUUAAACCCCCCCUUUAACACGUCCCCAUGAACAGCAGCACGUACAACAACAACAACCACAAGAAAAAAACCGACUGCACCGAAAAUGGCUUUUUUUUCCUUUCUUUCCGGCACCGAUAUUGAGAUACUCGUAUUUUUCAAUGGCGUGAAGUUUCUUACGGGCUGUUAAAGAGAAGAUAGUCCGAUGUGCGGUAGAUAGCUGCACUGUGUGUCUGUAUUAUAGCCGCCCAUUGUUUUCUUUUGGAUUGUUUUUAGUUUACAAUGAGUUCAGGACCGAGUCAGCUACGGGUUCCCCCGGUGUCGGUACCACCGGGAGCCGCUGCUCAGCCUCCCACCGUGCCGUUACCGCCGCCUCAAAUCCCAAGAGCAGCACUGUCGCUGGAGGAGCGGAUAUUUCCAGCCCAACCCGGAGUGGCAGCAGUGUAUAGCGUCCCAAGGAACCCUGGCCCUCCCUACCAGUUGCAUGAUCUGAGCAAAGGCCAUGCCCCCUCACCUGCUCUGCCUCAGGUAUCAGCCCCUCCUGCGCCUACCUACCGUUACCUUAAGGGCUGGGAACCAGGCGGAGCAUCACUUAGGUUUCCAGGCAGCCAAGAAAUGGAAUGGAACUGCACAGCACAACAGAGGUUUCACUUGUUCCAUGAGGUACCUUCCUUCAGCCCCACACAGAAUCCUGGCUCUGCCUCCCUCAUCUACUCUCCACAGACGCAGCCAGUGAAUGUACAACCUUCUGGUCGGCCUUUUCUGACGGGGCCUCGUCCCACCCACCAUCAGUUCCUGCACAGAGCUCAGAUGCAGACACCUCGACCUGCUCUUCCCACCAAUGCUCCCUCACUCCGACCUGGCUCUCAGACCCCCACGGCCACUGCUGUCUAUCCCGCUAACCAAACUAUCAUGAUGACCAUGACUCCAAUGCCCUUUCCUUCAGCACAAACGGCUCAGUACUACAUCCCUCAGUAUCGACACAGUUCACCAUAUGUUGGACCUCCACAGCAGUUCUCUGUCCCUCCUCCUGCUUCUGGAACCUUUUACCCUGGCCCUGGCCCAGGAGAAUACUCUGCACCCUACGCUGCUCCGGGUCCAGCAUAUUUUCAAGGCCAGACUGUGUAUCCCUCCUCAGCCCCAAUUAUAGUGCCUACACCGCCACAGCAGCUCCCACCAGCCAAACGCGAGAAGAAACAAAUCCGGAUUCGGGACCCCAACCAAGGUGGGAAAGACAUUACAGAGGAGAUCAUGGCUGGUAGUGGGAAUACCACGCCCCCUGUGGGUCGUCCGAGCUCCACCCCAACCCCUCCACAGCAGCGAAGUGCCAGUCAGACACCAGAGCAGUUAUACUACAACAUGGACCCACCCUGCAGACUCAGUCCUGUGACUACAGAUAGCAAACCCACUUUAGAAGACAAGCCCAGAGCUGAUUUUGCUUCCCAUAAAUCUUCAUCUCCUGGACCUUCAGAAUCCUCUACAGAAAGGAGAGAAGCUCCCUCUCUUCCUAUAUCAAACUCUUCAUCUCACACACAAACUGGAAUGGCCUGCAAUUCAACAGUUUCCUGUGACCCAGAAGAACUUUCUACAAUUUCCACAGCUGUAGCACGAUCCCCCAUCCCUAAGGAGGAAGAAACUUUUUCAGAAGCUACACCUUCCCCUACAGCCACGUCCCCUUCUCCAGGAAAAGCAGUUAAUGGUCUGUCUGAGUCACCGCCACCCUCUCCAAGCUGUGAGCAGGACAUUCAGGUGCAAGAAGUGACCUUGACGAACACUGAAAAUGAAGGACCAGUUUCACAAGAAGCAAUUCAGGAAGAGCCCCCUGCCCCUGUGACCCAAAUUUCAAUCAGCCCAACCACCUUAAUACCUUCGAAUGCCAUGUCUUCUGUAGUGCCGCCCCCUGGCCUGCCCUUAUUAAUUCAGCCUCCAAGCAGUGACAUACACGAACAAGGCAAGGACUGUAGUCCUAAUGAUGUCCACCUCAAAGCUGAAACAACAGCACAGAGCUCUGAUUGUUUAUCAGAACCACAUAGUCAAGCUAAUUCCAGAAAAACAAUGGCAACAGCUGCUUCUGUUGCACCAAAGGACUGGAUCAAAGCAAAUGAAGAAAAUUCAGCUGUGGAUAUUUUACACAAGGAAAACAAGGAAUCCACUACGGAUGGCUCGGCUGCAGAAGAGGUCUGUAGACCAGCCUCAGAGAUGAGAAAUGGCUUCUCUCCGUCUUGCUUUCCAGAGGAGAAUGGAGAAACAGAAACAGAACCACUGAAAAAUGGAGAUGUACACAUGUUAGAAACUGAGCUCAUGGAUAACACUGUCACUCCUGAGGAGGAGGAGAAGGCCACUUCAGGGCCUUUAUUAGCUAUAGAGGAAGUGCUCAUGCAGCCCUAUGGGAAAAUACAGUAUGACCGGGACUUCCUGUUGGGCUUCCAGUUCAUGCCAGCAUGUGUGCAGAAGCCAGAGGGAUUACCUCAAAUCAGUGAUGUAGUUCUGGAUAAGAUUAACCAAACUAAAUUACCAACAAGGCCAGUGGACACACGGCUGCUCUCGAGAGGGCCAGACUUCACUCCAGCAUUUGCUGACUUUAGCAGGCAGUUACUAGUAGGACGGGGAGCACCACUCCUCAGCUUGCCUGCCUGGAGGCCUCAGCCUCGCAAGAUCAUCAUGAAUGUUUCUGUGAAUGAGGUGCAGCUGCAGAAGGCUGAGAAUGCUUGGAAGCCUGGCAUGAAGAGAGAAAGUGUCACAGAGGACCUGGAAACUCAGAAAACACAGGAACUUUUCCGGAAGGUGCGCAGCAUCCUGAAUAAACUGACACCCCAGAUGUUCUCACAGCUGAUGAAGCAGGUGACGGACCUCACCAUAAACACAGAGGAGAGGCUUAAAGGAGUCAUCGACCUGGUGUUUGAAAAGGCCAUUGACGAGCCCAGUUUCUCUGUAGCCUACGCCAACAUGUGCCACUGCCUGGCUUCACUGAAGGUGCCAAUGGCAGAUAAACCUGGCACUACUGUUAUCUUCCGGAAGUUGCUGCUGAACCGCUGUCAGAAAGAAUUUGAAAGGGACAAAAUGGAUGAUGCUGUGUUUGAGAGGAAGCAGAAGGAGCUCGACUGUGCAACAUCAACCAGUGAAAAGGAGCGCCUGCAGGAAGAGCUGGAGGAGGCGAAGAAUAAAGCCAGACGACGCUCCACUGGCAACAUCAAAUUCAUCGGUGAGCUGUUUAAGCUCCGCAUGCUAACAGAGGCCAUCAUGCAUGACUGCGUGGUGAAGUUGCUGAAGAACCAUGAUGACGAGAGCCUCGAGUGCCUCUGCAGGCUUCUUACUACCAUCGGUAAAGACCUGGACUUUGAGAAGGCCAAGCCUCGCAUGGACCAGUAUUUCAACCAGAUGGAGAAAAUUGUCAAAGAGCGCAAGACAUCGUCUCGAAUCCGAUUCAUGCUACUGGACGUGAUCGACCUGAGACUGCAUAAUUGGGUGUCACGCAGGACUGAUCAGGGCCCCAAAACCAUUGAGCAGAUCCAUAAAGAGGCCAGGAUCGAGGAACAGGAGGAGCAGAGGAAGGUUCACCAGCAAUUAUUGUCCAAGGAUAAAAGGAGGCCAGAACCGAGGGAACAGCGCGGACUGAGAGAAGAGACUUGGAGCACUGUACCAGUGACCAAGAACAGCAGGACCAUAGAUCCCUCAAAGAUUCCUAAGAUCUCCAAGUCUCAGUUUGAUGAUAAGAUCCAGCUGGGACCCAGGGCUCAGCUUAGCUGGGUGAAGGGCAGCAGUGGUGGAGCCAAAGCCAGCAAUUCAGAGUCACACUCAAGUAGCAGCAGCAGUCUGAACCGCUACUCAGCUCUGCAGUCGUCCACAUUGCCCUCAGCCCAAACCUCUGACCCAGACUCCAGACGGCCUCUAGCAAGCCGAGGCAGCUGUGGUCGGGAGCGAAGUGAGAAACAUCAGAGUUCAACUCCCUCCAGGCUCCUCAAUCGUAGUAGCAGCAAUAAGGAGCUGGUGGAGAGUGUGGCUGCUGAGGAGCCAUGCAGAGACACACAAGUCACACCCUGCAAAGCAAGUGUGUCUGAGGAACCAAGCAACACUGAGCACAGCCAGUCCCAGGAUCCUUCCAAAAAAGAAAGGUCUGUGAGUGUGGCUCCAGCAAAGCCUGUCCUGACUGAGGAAGAGGUCGAGAGGAAGUCUAAAUCCAUCAUCGAUGAGUUCCUGCACAUUAAUGACCUCAAGGAGGCAGUACAGUGUGUGGAGGAGCUGCAGCAGGUCUCCCAGCUGGCGGUGUUUGUGCGGGUGGGGGUGGAGUCCACAUUGGAACGUAGUCACAUUGCCCGAGAACACAUGGGGCAGCUCGUCUACCAGCUGAUCCACAGAGGCAGCCUACAACUGGCUCAGCUAUAUGCAGGCUUAGCGGACACACUGGAAAUGGCUGACGACAUGGCCAUAGACAUUCCCCACAUUUGGCUGUAUCUGGCUGAACUGCUCUGUCCUCUGCUCAAAGAUGGAGGCAUCCCCAUGAGAGAAUUCUUUAGUGAAAUAAGUAAACCAUUAAUCCCAGUGGGAAAAGCUUCCAUGUUAAUGGUGGAAAUACUUCACCUACUAUGCAAACAAAUGGGCCAUAAGAAAGUGGGGGCUUUAUGGAGGGAGGCAGAGCUUAACUGGAGUGAGUUUCUGUCAGAAGAGCAGGAACUCCAAAGCUUCAUCUCCAAGCAGAAGCUGCAGUUCACACUGUCUGACUGUACCUCUACUGACUCUGUUGCUACCAAACCCAGUCUCACCACGGAUGAGUUGCACAGACAGCUUGAGCGUCUCCUACUAGAGGACCUGGCCAGCGAUGAACAGAUAUUUGACUGGGUCGAGGCCAAUGUGGAUGAAUCUCAGAUGAGCUCUUCUACAUUCCUGAGAGCUUUAAUGACUGCAGUGUGUAAGGCAGCUGUUAGAGAUGAAACCACGUCCUGCAGAGUGGAUACAGCCGUCAUACAGAAGCACCUCCCUGUGUUACAAAAGUACCUUAACUCGGACCCCGAGCUUCAGUUACAAGCACUUUAUGCACUGCAAGCAUUAAUAGUGAGCUUGGAUCAACCACCCAAUUUGCUAAGGAUGUUCUUUGACUGCCUCUACGAUGAAGAUGUCAUUUCAGAGGACGCUUUCUACAAGUGGGAAACAAGUAAAGACCCGGGUGAGCAGCAGGGCAAGGUCAUAGCGCUGAAGUCUGUCACCGCCUUCUUUACCUGGUUACGGGAGGCUGAGGAAGAGUCUGAGGACAAUUGAUGUAAGGAGGUGGCGGCCACCUAUUGCUGCGUGGAGGCACGCUGCCAGUACAAAUGAAAAACUGUACACUCUGAACUCAAACACACUACCUACACACACACACACACACACACACACACACACACUCAUGGCCAGACACAUGGUGUAGUGCCUGAGUUUCUUGUGGAAUGGAUUCUAAAAUGCUUCGCUCUGGAAGCAAAGGGGCACUAAAAACCCUGUAUCAUAUAUAUAAAUAAAUAUAAAUAGAAAAUAUUUUUUGGUUUAAAUUUUGACAAUUUUUGUUCCAUUUGUUAUUUUUAAAGAAGAAACUUAAACAGGUUUUGAAAUUCUUAAUUUAUUAUUUUUUUAAACAUUCACAAAUACAAAGUCUAUUUAACAUUUGCAGAUCUUCACAGUAAGAGAAAUGUUGAUAGAAAUAACAGAAAUACCAAAAUAUUAAUGGUUAUUAAGAAAAAUGUACUCACCCUUCCAGAAUUUCACGACAAACAAGCCUGAAGACAAGGAGCAUUUUGGCAUAAAGGGGAAAAUGGACUGUAUUCUCAAGUCAUGUUCUUGAGUAACCCCUUAAUUGCGUUUCUUGGUUUGUCACCACGAGAAAGGUGAUGCAAGAAUGCAUAGGUCUCACAAAUAGGAGAACUUCCUGAAGAUUAUGAACACUAGAUGAUUUGAAGGGUUAUGAUGCAAAUACUACUAAUGCAAGUUUAAACCAUUCUUGUUGGCCCUGACUGGUUGUGAGAAACGCCUAUUGGAGAACAUGUAAAACUUGUAAAUACAUUAAACACUAUAAAAGCGA